CUUCACCACACUGUGCGAGUGACGUGCACAACGACUUUUAUUCACGGUUGCACAUCUUUAUUCAACUUGACUCACCCUGGUCGGAUAUAAGGCCCUUCUUAAAUCCGGACAUAUUCUUCUCCCAUUCCUUCCCCCUUGUAUAUCAGUCAAACCAAUCUUGGUCUGGUCGCUCGUUUCUGGAAGACCAAAGAAUAUCCAUCCGCUCCAGCCAGUUCAGUUGCCUUUCACUCUUUCAGGGAACCCUGCAGCAAUCUUUGUACAUUUGGUGCGUGCACAAGAGGAACAAGCUCUUCGACCCACCUCCACCUCCACGGCUGUCAACCGGUUGCCUGGUAAACGCUAAGCUUCCGGCCGAUCCCACAUACCGAAACUCUAAUUCCGGGUAUCCCCGCGUUGCCGUGCCGUCGGAACGCGUCGGCUUCUCCUCGAUAUCAAGUCGUCAGAAAAUAUUCUCCUCUCUUUUUCUUGACCUCCCUGUUUUUAUACAAACAACACCACAUCCAGAAAUAUAGACCGACUGCGCGCACAACACUGGACAUCAUGGUUGGAACCGACCAACAGUCGAAUAUGGAUGCCUCCACCCUCAAUAACAAGACUGCUCCACCCAGUUUGGACGACCAAACUGCAGACAAGGGAACGAGUGUCGAAUUGAAGGAUUUGUCUAAAGCCAACUCAACAACCCCUGAAGUUUCUGCAAAUGAUGAGCCUAUUGGAUUGACAAAGGUUGCGACCACGAAGUCGAUCAUGUCUGCCAAAGAUGCUCAACAAGAACUGGAUCGUAUAAUGACGAGCGGCGCUAAUGUAGAAUACCCUACUGGUGCAAAACUCGCUCUUAUCUCCCUGGCCCUCUGCCUUUCUGUGAGUUCAUCUCAAGCGAGGUCUGUCAUUGAGUCUCAUAGCUAAUCUGUUGAUAGGUCUUUCUCAGUCAGUUCGCUUACACCUUUCGCAAACCAAUGUCGCUAACUGGAUAUAGUCGCCCUUGACAAUACCAUCAUUGCGACUGCUAUCCCAUCCAUCACAGACCAAUGUAAGUAUUUGAACCCAGUCUUUGCUGUGACCCCCAGCUAAUAUUAUAUCUUCUAGUCGCAAGUCUCCCAGAUGUCGGAGUAUGUCAAAUUUCCACCCAAACACAAACACUUCAGUUACUAACACUUGAUAGUGGUAUGGUUCUGCGUACCUCUUGACCACCGCAUCGUUCCAAUUACUCUUUGGUAAAUUUUACACUUAUUUUUCUAUUAAGUGGGUUUACUUAAUUGCUAUUGGUAUCUUCGAACUUGGCAGUCUCGUAUGUGGGGUUGCCCCAAACUCCACUGCACUCAUUCUAGGAAGAGCUGUCGCUGGUCUCGGGUCUGCUGGCAUUUUCUCUGGAGCAUUAAUCAUCGUUGCAUAUUCGGUGCCUCUAUCCAAGAGACCCCUAUAUACCGGAGGAAUCGGAGCGAUGUAUGGCAUAGCAUCCGUCGCUGGUCCCUUACUAGGUGGCGUCUUUACGGACAAGGUCACCUGGAGAUGGUACGUCUUUCUCUCGUGACGAUUUUUUUUUCAGAGCUAAUAUUGAACAGGUGUUUCUAUAUCAAUUUACCCAUCGGCGCGAUCACUGUUAUCGUCAUCUUGUUGUUCUUCAAGCCACCACAUCGAGAAGCUAUUGCUAGCCUUGGUUGGAAGGCUCGAAUCAAGGAGUUUGAUCUAGAAGGUACAGCAGCAUUCAUUCCUGCAAUUAUCUCGCUUUUGUUGGCCUUACAAUGGGGUGGAACCAAAUACCCUUGGGGCGAUGCCAAGAUCAUUGGACUUCUCGUUACUUUUGGUGUCUUGAUCGCGAUCUUCAUCGGAAUUCAACUUUGGAAGCAAGAUUCUGCCACAAUCCCACCAGGAAUCAUGAAGAAGAGAACUGUUUGGAGUAGCUCCUGGUAUUCUUUUACCAUCGGCUCAUGCUUCUUGUUGCUUGUUUACUACCUGCCAAUUUGGUUUCAAGCUGUCAAGGGAGCGAGUGCAGUUAAGUCUGGUAUCAUGAAUUUGCCAUUGAUCAUGUCCUUGGUUGUCUGCAGUGUUUUUGGCGGUGCUGCAGUUACGAUUCUUGGGCAAUGUAAGUAUCUCCUUCAACUUGACACCCUUUUCAGACAAGUACUAAUGUUUCGCAGAUGCGCCUUUCAUGAUCGCUUCCUCCAUCCUCGCGGCUAUUGGAGUUGGACUACUGACAACUCUUACUCCGGAAUCCAACCACGCAUACUGGAUGUAAGUAACACCUUAUCCGUCUCCUAUUCGCAAUUCGCGCGCUAACACAACACAGCGGCUAUCAAGCAUUGGGUGGUAUUGGUGUAGGUUUGGGCAUGCAGCAACCGUAAGUUGAGGUGUUUGAUUGUUUGUGGUCCAGUGACUAACGCACUGUUUCCAGAAUGAUUGCAGUGCAGACUGUACUCGACAUUUCCCAAGUUCCUGUCGGAACAUCAAUCAUCAUAUUUGUCCAGACCUUGGGAGGCGCUCUCUUUGUGUCAGUUGGCCAAAGUGUCUUCACCAACAAACUCGCGGAAGGACUUGCCAGAUACGCACCGUCAAUUGACCCCGCUACAGUCCUCGCUGUCGGAGCGACCUCUCUUCAAAAGAGCUUACCAAAAGACAUCCUCCCAGGAGUCAUUCUCGCAUACAACGACGCUCUUACCCGAGCAUUCCUUGUCUCUGCCGCCAUGGCCACCUUUUCCAUCCUGGGAUCCACCAUCGUAGAAUGGAAAUCAGUCAAGGGCAAGAAUGUCAGCGUGGGCGCCGCAUGAUCCCUUCCUUUUCAUCCCGCCACUCCUCAUUUGCAUCGUGUAAAUACGGGAACUUUUUGCUGUUCAUAGGCCUUUGUGCUUUUCUCGGUUGGCAUAUACCCCCGCACACGGCGUUAUUACGGAAGGAUAGACCUCGCUCAUAUGAUUUCCUUUUUCAUGUUCCUGUUUGUUUUCUUUGCAAGUACAUUACGAUACCCGUUGCGUUCCUGCUGUUUUUUAUGGUGCCCUUUUCGCGAUCAAGAUGGAGUUUUUUCUUGUAUCUUGUUAGGGGAUUGGGGAUGGGUGGAGUUUGUACAAAUGCAGCAGUGGAAAGCAUCGGGUCACUUUAGUUUAGAGCAUAAAAUCACACCACUCACAUAGUGAUAGAACUUUCUGCUAGAUGGUGUAAUACCGAUAGAGAGUUGUUCUGAGAA